CAGCAAUGGCGGUAUAGGUAUUUCACUGAGAAUACAGUGGAUUUUCUGCAAAGUAAUAUCUUCAAUUUUAUUAUCUGAAUGGACAAUAAGGUCAACAUCUCAGAAGUAGAAAAUAUUUCAAUGAUCGGAUCACCUGAAAUCUUUGACCUACCUGAAUAUCCAGAGAUAUCAGAGACAUUAAUAGUAGAAGUAGAAUCUACUGGUCUCAGUCCAUUAACGUCUUCCUUAGAUCAUACACUUAAUCUCCAAGACGAUAAAUUACUUUCAUCUGAAGUUAACAUGCGCUUAGAAGAAUCAUGGGCUGAAGCAAACAGUUCAACAUCAGAUUAUGCCAUUCCACUACCACCGCCACCUGGUUUAGGUGAUUUCACCGAUGUUGGUGCAGAUUCUAUUGGCGAUAGUGGAAUUGGUAUAGAGCAUGGUCCAUUUUUACCACCUGGUACACCAGCUUUAAACAACUUGUUUUCAGAAGGUGGUGAUUCUCAAGAUGAUUCACCAAUGGAAGAUGCAUUGUUACGUGCAGGUGUAUGUGGUCUUCGUAAUCUCGGUAAUACCUGCUUUAUGGCUGCUGGUUUACAAUGUUUAACUGCAACCCCACCCGUCUUGCAACAUUUUUUGGAUUUGCAGCAAAGAGGGGAGAAACUACCUCCUCCUGAAUCACUGAUGGCACAUUUUAGUGUACUACUCAGCAAAAUGUGGUCUGGUAGAUACAGUGUUCUCAGGCCUAUUGAAUUUAAACAAACUUUAGGGGCUUAUCAUUCACAAUUUAAAGAUUACAGACAGCACGACUGUCAGGAAUUUCUGGCUCUUCUAUUGGAUUCCUUACAUGAACAAAUGAAUACUGCAAAGUGUACAAAGAAUUGCGAAACUCCUUCAUCUACAACUACUGCCAACUCGAUCAAUACAGUUGAGAAUUCAAAUGGGAAAACUAUGUCUCCAAUUACUGCCACUAGUAAUUCCAAUUGUAACUCGGACUUGUUGGAGAUGUACGAUUGUCUGCCAUCCCCAGAAUGUCCUAAUAGUCCUAAUGUAACAAUGGCUGGCUCACCCAGAGAUUUAGAUUCACCAAUAGGCGAGUUAAACAGUACUGCGAAUUCACCCCGGGGAUCACCUUUGAACGACGGCGAUGAUGAUGAAGAGACGCUCGAUUCCGAUGAAAUAGUUGAAGGAAAAUCAAACAGUUUUAUUCAUAACAAAGUUGAUGGAAAGGAGAAUGAAGUCGCUCCUUCGUUAAGGCUAGACACAUUGAUAGAACUUUCGAAAAACGUUCCCAAGUAUCACGGUCUUUAUGAUAUUCAUAAAGAAGCGAAAACUAGCAACGCGAACUUCUUAGUUACGCAACAGGAAUGCAACAAUGAGAUUCAUUAUGAUUCACAGAAGUAUCCGAAAGAGAAUGUCCGUAGAAUGCCGUUGGAUAACUCGAAUUUAAUGGAGAAUCAUGAUUUCGACAAUAAAAGCGUCAGUGUUAAAAGAAUAAAAGAGGUUAACGUUCAAAAAGUCAAUUUCGGCGUGGAUUACGCAUCGAGCGGUUCCGACAUAGAAUAUGACAAUGGUUUAGAGAAAUGUAAUGUGAAACGCAUGAGGCUAGAUGAUCAGGAGAAGAAUCAUAAACGCGAUGGGCUUGGAAGCAUUAGUUCUCAGUGCACACGGGUUUGUCAAAGUAACGGUAAUGGUGCUAUAGCUGCGCAAGAUGAGAUCGAAGCGGAUAAACAUUGGGCAAAACACUUGAGAUCUAAUAGGAGUAUAAUUGUUGACACUUUCCAGGGACAAUUUAAAAGCAAGGUUGUCUGUGCAGUGUGUAAGCACGUUUCAGUCACAUACGAGCCUUUCAUGUAUUUGUCAGUGCCACUGCCUCAUGCAAUGGAACGGCAACUGAAUGUCACGUAUGUUCCGGCAAAUGGCGAGCAACCUAUAAAGUGCGUCGUUUCAUUAAACAAGCAAGCACGUAUUGGAAAAUUGAAGGAGGAAUUGCUGAAGACACUUGGCAAGGAAAACAUAGCGGUGGCAAAUAUUGCACUUGCAGAAGUCUUAGAAAAUCAUAUAUCAAAGAUUUUGGAUGACAAUAUACUCUUGAGACACAUCAAUGACACGAAUCGAUCUAUAUACGCCUUUGAACUCACGGAACCACCUGACGCGUAUACUUCAGUGCCAGAUGGUGGUGGAGAUCGUGUGAUGGACACUGACGCCUGUCAGAAGUCUGCAAUCACGGGAGAGGAAGUUUCAUGUACGAUUUGUCUCGAGGAAUUGGACGGAGAUUUGAAGAGGCAUAUCGGACAUACAUGUAAUUUUAUCAUGUGUGAUAACUGUAUCGAGAAUUACUUCAAGGAUCACACAGAACCUCAAUUGUGUCCAAUGUGUCCAACGUACAUAACUGCGUCAGCCUUUAUUAAAAUUGAUCAAACAGGCCGACAGAGGCCUGCUGUUAGAAUCUUAAAUGUACCGCUGGUCUUACGGCACGACACGACGAAUGAAACGACGAACAACCGUAAAGGAACGAAACUUUUCGGUUAUCCGCAUUUAGUGAGGUUACCUUCAAGAGUGAAUGCUAAGGACCUGUAUGACAUUGUUAAAAGAAACGUACCGCAAGAAGGGGAUUACACGAUUCAUUUUGUUACUGGCCAGGGCCAUCAUUGUUCUCGUUGUAUCUAUACUGCGCACUGUACAGGUUGUAAUGUGGCUGAUAUCGGCAUGAUUGCCUUACAAAAUGGAGACACUCUAGCUGUGCGUUACACAGAACAUGUUCCUAAGAUUGCACCUCUGAUUGAACAUGUCAGCGUUAGCAAGCAGAGGCCGUAUCAUCCGUUGUCUUUAUACGACUGUCUUCAAGCAUUUAGCCAGAGCGAAACGUUAGAUGAACAUAAUCCUUGGUUUUGUCCAAAGUGCGAACGAAAUCAGUGCGCCACGAAAACGCUCAUGGUUCACAGAUAUCCCAAGUUCCUCAUAGUUUAUUUGAAGCGAUUUGUCUUUUAUGAGUGUGCUAGUAUGAAGUUAGACGAUAAAGUGACAUUCCCUUUGGUUGGCUUGAGUGUCGGUCGACACUUAUAUGACCUCUAUGCCUGUGUUUGUCAUUUUGGAGGAGUAUCGGCUGGGCACUACACGGCGUACGCGAAGAACCCUCGUACAGACGCGUGGUACUACUACAACGACGAAAUCACAAGCAGACAGAAGCCUCAGGAGGAAGAUUUUAGCAAUGCUUAUAUACUUUUCUACAGUCGGCAAGGGACCAAUUUAAAACCGUGCAAUAUAUAACCAGUGCUGAAUCAAAGAACCUGGCGAACCUGGAAAAGUGUCAGUGAGACGGAAAGAGUGGGGAAAGGAAUGAUUUAUAGGCAGUUAAAGUGGAGGUUUCCUAGGUGUUGCGAUCACGCGUUUACCGAACUGCAUCGUAUUGAAGGAAGACUGUUCACAAAUGUGACUAUCUAUUUUUCCUGUUGAUCUGCUCAUGGCCAGUCUCCUUCGUGUCUCUUCUCCUUCCCUGCGCGCGUUCUCCCAUUUCUAGCUGUUUGGAAAAAUCUCUUGCGAACAUCUUACAGGCAGUGCCCCGCGUGUACGAUCUAAUAAACGUGUCAAUUUGCUGACUGUCAAAUAUCAUUAACUAUAGGACAUGCGUUUCUUUCGGUGACCAUUUGUUGUAUACACGAAAGAUGUUCUUUUUUGCGGUCGUUAGAUCGUCGAUAAUGUUCAAUUGUGAAAACAGAUUCUGUGUCCGGUCCAGUACAUAUAUAUAUAUAUAUAUAUAUAUAUAUAUAUGGGAGAAGGACUGAGUGUAUUUAUACCGGCUAAUAAAUGUGUAAACAAGCGUCAAGAUUGUACAGUAGGUGAUUAAACGUAGACUCCAGGAAUUUGAACAGACGUAAUUUAUUAGCAAAUCAAAGGUGA